AUGGAAUUAAACGAAGGUGGCCAGAUCCCGUGUCCCCAAAAAUAUCUCCUGAUGCAGACGAUGCGAGUCGGAAUUGGAAGAUGCGGUUGAAAAAACAAAAUAAAAGAAUGUUUUAAGAUCGGUUUCACUUUUCAAAUGAAAGCAUUUAUGCUUACCUGAUUAUUGUUUUUGUUUACUUAAACUCCAAAUGUUUAUUUUUAUUCACAAAAUAGCAAGUAGCAGUUGGUUGAGAAAGGUGGGACAAGAGAAGAUGAUUCUAAAACGUGGUCGAAGAUAAGGAAAAGAAUAAAUUUAUUGAAUGAAUGUCUUCAUUUUAUUCGAAGGUGACGGAGUCCUCCGGUAGCAUGCGACUGGUCACCCGUGCCCUCCUGCUACUGGUGGCCGUGUCUUUAAUUUUCAUUCUGUUAUUGGGCCGCUGUGGACUGCGAUUGGACGAAGAUCUCGGAUCAACAUCAUCCGGAAACAGUGACUUCCAGUACAGGCUGUCUCAACAAUCUCCUGAAUCCUACUAUUUGGAUCUCCUUCACAGAAGAGAAGAAGAACACAGACUGGAAAUAAAAAAUCUUAAAGACGAGAUUACAUCUUUAAAGAAAAAAGUUACGGAUCUACAGAAGCCUUUUGUGGAUCCAGUUUCUAUUCCAAUAGUAGAGCCUCCUUCUAGGUCUUCGGAUAGCGAUUAUCCAGGUGUAACUGAGUGCUCUGAUUACUUGAAAAAGCAAGUUCAAUCCGCGGAAAUCCGGCAUGGUGUCCAGCUGAACAAUGAGUAUGAAGUAGUGCCAUUUACUCAUUUCACUUUUGGGAGAGUGUAUCCUGUCACCUUAGGACUAGGUAAACGAGUUGUUGAGAAACCAAUAGGUUACAAGCGCAAAGAUCUACUGGAAGUGUUCGUCCGUGCCCUCGAUCUCAUAAAUCGAGACAAGAAAGGUAAACAGAGGUACACCGUGGAUGAUUUUGCUGAGGGUCUAUUCCGCAACGAACCUACGACAGGCACACAGUAUGAACUAUAUUUCAAAGAAAAGAACAUAUCCCGAUCUUACCAUAGAGUCAUCCUGGCAAGACCAUUUGGCCCUGUGCAGACAUUAGUCAAUGAAAAAGUGAGAACUACCAAAGAACUCAUCAACGUGAUACUACCUUUAUCUGGUAGAAUAGACGCGUUUAGGACGUUUAUGGAUCGUUUUGCCAAAGUUGCCAUCAAGCACGAUCGAAAAGUCUUCCUUACAGUUGUAUACUUUGGAGAAGAGGGUCUCCAUGACGUCCGGGUUAUACUUACUAAAGUAUCCAGAGAAACUAAGUUUCGUAAUGUGAAACUCCUUACCCUGAAUGAAACCUUUUCAAGGGGCAAAGGGCUACAAGUCGGGGUGCAACACUGGCCGAAAGGAGACGUUCUUCUAUUUCUGUGCGAUGUGGACAUAGUGUUUACAAAUCGUUUUCUGGAGCGUUGCCGUUUGAAUGCCUCACCUGGUAAAAGGGUAUAUUACCCUAUCGUUUUCAGCCUUUACAACCCUUCCUUAGUUUAUUCUCUGCAGGGCAAAGAGACUCCAGCAGAAGCUGACCAACUCACUAUUUCAAGAGACUCUGGAUUUUGGAGAGACUUUGGUUAUGGCAUGACCUGCCAAUACCGGAGUGAUUUCCUGAGUCUGAAAGGUUUCGACGAGGAUAUAGUCGGUUGGGGUGGUGAGGACGUGAUGCUGUACAGGAAGUACGUCCGAAGUAAUAUAGUCGUAGUAAGAGCAACCGAUCCAGGUAUAUUCCAUAGCUGGCAUGAAAAACUAUGCGACCCGGAUCUGUCUGUUGACCAGUACAGAGCAUGCCUCAGGUCCAGAGCUUUAGGAGAAGCUUCACAUGCCCAGCUUGGUCUUUUGGCUUUCGGAGAUGAGUUAAGAAAACACCAAAAGAACCUUGCGGCGAUGAAUUCUCCUAUGACAAAUGUUAAUGUUGUGAAUGUGAUUGAGCGCCCUCAACAUGCAUAGUGUUCGGAUGAACACUUCCAUUGAAGAGUUUAGUGGAAAUUAUGCUAAGCCCUACUAUUUCUAAAUUUACGAUCGGCUUUAAAGAUAGAUUUUCAAUUUAUUCUGUCAAGCCUUUAAGUAAGUUUGUUCUAAAAAAAUAAAAUGUUUCGAAAACAACUUUUUAUAGUUUCCUGAAGGUAAUCUAUUUUCCCCCAUAAAAGCGAAAAUUAUAUCAGCUUACAUAUUUUUCCACUAUUAUCUUCAAUCGCGACUAAUUAUCGUUACAUAUACAAAACUGUGAUUAUUUUUGUUUUAUUCAACAAAAAUAUGAAUCAAAUUUAAAUUUUUUUUAAUUUAAUGAUCUUAGUAAACUUAGGUAUGACUUCACAAGUCUAUUCCAUUUUCACAAUAUUAAUUAUGAUAAUUCUCAUGAUAUAGCUCAAAGACAUAAGUAAUGUAGUGGCAUUAUUUGUUGAACUCAUACAUUGCAAUAUAAAUCUGUGAUUUAUUUUAGUAUUUUAAUUUCAUCUAUCGGAAAAAGCUUUAAAUUUUUAAUUUAGAUCUCUAAUUAAAUGAGUCCAAAUGAACUUUGAUGCCUAAUUACAUAAUUUAACCUUUAAAAAUUAUUUUAAGCGUUUUAAUUACAUAAAUGAAAAUCAUUAAUCAUUGAUUUAUGAACCAUAAAUCUGUCAACUUUCCUCAACUCCGUGUGUCGUCAUUAAAAUUUACCUACCAUGCGAUUAAACAACGCCUUUGAAUUGACAGAUCCUAAAUUAAUGAUUAAUUCCAGGUUAGAACCAUCAUUUAUCAUAGCGAAUAAUUUCGUAUGGAAUUUAUUAUUGAUUCAUGUCUUUUUAACUUAUUUAGUCUUAGGGUUAAGUGUAUGAAACGAAUAUCGAGACGUUUGCUAAAAUGCCAAAUUAUGUUCAGUAACGUAUCUAACGUAAAUUCACCUGUAUGAAACUGCUUAAUUUACAUUGAUGUUUACAUAAUUCCGUUAUUUUUCAACUAACAAAAAUUGAGUAUAGAAACUAGAAAGCUAUUAGGUUUAAAUAAAUCUUAAAUAACGCAAUAUUUCCUUCCUAAUCCCAAAAUCAACUACGUUAAUUUGCAUAUCAUUUAAAAGUUGCGAAGAAUCUAUGACGUUUUAUGAUUUUCCUUUGCAGUAACAAUUAUAAGUUGCAUUUUUUUUAACCAUUUGAAUGUGAGAAGUGAAAAUUAAGUACUUUCGCUUUAAUCUCGGAGUUAAAUUAUAAAUGUUAGCCUUAUUUGUUUUUGCUAGAUAAAGUGAAAAUAUAUGCAUUGAACUUACUCUUGAGUUACUUUACUUUGUUACAUAUUUCUUACUAAAUCUUUCAAAAUUUGUAUUUACAAAGUGAAAUUGUUUAUGAAAUGGUUGAAAUAUUGUUAUUUUGUUUUACAAAAUAUUGUUUAAUGGUUAUUUUUUUUUACACAAUUUAAAGGGAGUCGGUAAAGGCAUAUAUCAAUAAUGCUUAAACUGACUUAUCUCCAUGCAUUUCUUCUAAGAAACUACUUAUUAUGAGAUAUCACUUUGAAAUUUUGGGGGGAUAUUUGAGAUUACAACAGUUGUAUGCUGUGAUAAUGUUUUAGCGUUAACAGGAAUGCUUUUUGAUGAAAACUUAUAAAAAAUUAAAAGUCCUACAUAAGUUCAUAAUUUUAUGAGGAAAUUUUUUGCCUAAGAUAUGUAUUAACAAGUUAUCACAGUGUGAACAUAUAUAUGUAAAUAUUCUGCGAAAAAAACCUUAAGCAAUAUCUUGUUUAGAUGCUGAGAAAAGGUACAUUGAAAAAGGUCAGUUUUAGCAUUAUUGGUAUCUGCUCUACCGAUUUCCCUUAAGGUUGCUUAAAUUGAAAAUAUACAUAAUGGAUUUCCAUUAUGUAUAUUUUCAACUCAAUAUUUUCAACUUUUUCAAUGACAUUUUAAUUUGUGACGAAUGUUAUAAUGUGACGAAUGUUAAACUUUUCAGAAAAACUAAUUAUUUGACUGCUUAUACACGUUUAAAUUCACUUAAUUAGUGUUUUUACAAACUCUUUAAAUAUGUUAUUUCUAAGCUAAAAACACGGGACUUUGUGCCUCUUAAACGAAUAAAAUUAUUAUCUAAACUGUAGAAAUAAUAAUUUCGUAAAAAAACAAAAUCAGAUAGUGUCUCUUACCUCCAAUAUACACCUAUAGAUUGACUAUAACUUAAUAAUAAAUCAAUCAAAUAAGUAUCAAUCACUUUUUUGGAAUUGAAAUUUUAAUAAAAAAUGAUUGAAUUUUCAAAUUUAAAAGUUCAUUCAAGAGAUUAUUUAGUUCAGAUAUUGAUGAAAUACUAAAUAUUUUCUACCUACGUCAUAGUGGUUGAAAUUGGCGAUGAAAUAACAGUAAAAGGUACUAAAUGGUUUUUUAAACAAAACAAAAAAACAAAAAAGACUGGUUUAUUGUAAUUAAUGUGGAAAGUUCGAAAGUGUCGGGUAUUUCUUAAACUCUUGAAUUCACUCACAUGCUCUCCGUACUUUACCUUUUUAACAAAGUGUGCUUGUAGCUCUCUUUCGCCUUGAAAGUAGAUAUCCUGCAUAAGUCUUCCACAUUUUCUAUCCACCAAGUGUGUGUAUAUUUGUAAAUUUAAAUUGUGUAUAUUUCUACAUAGAAAAAAAAAGAUUUUUAAAUUACCAAUAAUGUUUAGCAAAUUGAAUGAGGAUUUUGGAACAUUAUUUUAAACAUAUUUAUUGUUAUUUUACUUUAUUAAAUAUAUAUUUUAAAUAUUGAAUGCAUCUAAUCAGUAUUUUAUAAAAAACAUACAGCAAUUAAAAUUCUGAUAUUUCCUCACUUCGUCGUGAAGCUUUAUAAAUUCUUACUUCUAAUGGAUUAUACUCUUGGUGCAAUUGACGAUGUCACUUAUGUUUUUUGUUAUUUUAAAAAAAAAUUCUUUCUGUGCAAUUUUUAUUUAUUUUGUUAAUUUUUCUUUUUAAUAUAUGAUCUUCAUCUAUUUUAUAAGACUAUUGGUGGCAUAACAUAAUUUUUUAUUCAAAUACAUGAAAUAAAACUUAUUUUCUUAUACGUAAAACUACUUAACGCAAAUCUCUGAUGAUUAUGUUACUUUAUUAUUUUUAAAGAUUGCUCUCUGUUCAAUUUCUGUUUGAUUUUUUAUUAAUUUUUCUCUAUAACUAUAUGACAUCAAUUUUCUAAGAAUUUAAAAAAAAAUUAGGAAUAAUUUUUCUAUAAAUAAAUUUCUAUAUUUCGUAAUUUUCUCGCAAACUAGAGUUUCAUCUAAAAUGUUUUUUGCGGAUUUUUAAAAACAAACUAACGAGCAUUCUAUCCUUACUAAAAGAUUUUCUAAUGAAAUUGUUUUUACUUAUAUCUAAUUUAAUAUUUAUUUUAUAUAUGUGUCUAUUACAUUCCUCUAGUCAAAAUUUAAAUUUAAUGUGAUAAAAAAAGUAGCCUUUGUUAAAAGCAUAUUCUUUUUUCUCGUUUUAUUAUUCAUAUGGUAUAUUUUAAUGUUUUAUUCUACAUUUGAAUAUGCUUAAUUUUUUUAGAGAAAUUAGGCUUUGUAAAAAUAUGUAUAUUUGAUUGUAUAUAUGACAGUUCUUUUUAUGUGUCUGAAAGUACUCCUACAGCUUUCAAAUAAAUUGAAUUAUGGUUUUUUU